AUGCCAACCAGACACUCCCAGACCCGCAAGCACCGUGGUCAUGUCUCGGCCGGUCACGGUCGUGUUGGCAAGCACCGCAAGCAUCCCGGAGGUCGUGGUAUGGCUGGUGGUCAGCACCACCACCGUACCAACCUCGACAAGUACCAUCCAGGUUACUUCGGAAAGGUUGGUAUGAGAUACUUCCACAAGCUGCAGAACCAGUUCUGGAAGCCCGUCAUCAACCUCGACAAGCUCUGGUCCCUCGUCCCACAAGAGUCGCGCGACAAGUACCUCGCCGGCAAGUCCAAGGACACCGCCCCAGUCCUCGACCUCCUCCCACUCGGCUACAGCAAGGUCCUCGGCAAGGGCCGUAUCCCAGAGAUCCCACUCAUCGUCCGCGCACGCUACUUCUCCAAGGACGCCGAGCGCAAGAUCAAGGAGGCUGGUGGUGUCGUUCAGCUUGUCGCAUAA